GCAGCCAUAAGUCUCAGGAAGGGUAACACCCGUCUUCCGCCGGAAGUGAACCGCGUCCUCUACGUCCGAAACCUACCUUUCAACAUCACCAGCGAAGAGAUGUACGACAUUUUCGGAAAAUACGGCGCCAUUCGCCAGAUCCGAAUCGGCACUAACAAGGACACUCGCGGCACCGCCUUCGUCGUCUACGAGGAUAUCUACGACGCCAAGACCGCCGUCGACCACCUCUCCGGUUUCAACGUUGCGAAUCGGUACCUUAUUGUUCUGUAUUACCAGCAAGCGAAGAUGAGCAAGAAGUUCGAUCAGAAGAAGAAGGAGGAUGAGAUUACGAAGAUGCAGGAGAAGUACGGUGUCUCCACCAAAGAUAAGUAGGGGAGAAAUUUUUCUAGGGUUUUUUGUUGUUGUUGUUGUUGAGGAAAUUGCAUACGAUUGUGACUAUGUUGUUGGAAUAGAAAUUGAAAUUAUGAGGUAUCUGCAA